UAUCCCUUGUGACAGCCAACUACAAAUAUAUCACGAAAACAACACUAUAAUACAGUGGGACAUUCAUGUCAGAGGUUGUCUGUUAAAACAUAGUUUGACUACCGGAAUCGUAUUAUAAACGCAUUGAAAAUGAAGCGUCAAGUGGCUGUCAAUGAAAGACUAACAAUGUUUGAACUUGAGGGUACAUGAAGUAAACUAUUACUUUGAGCUGCUCUUCGUGCAACCUGAUACUAUUAUCCAAAGCGGGAAGUGUCAAAUGUCAAUGUCAUGAGAAAAUGGAUUCUUAAGUUUUCAUUUACUUCUGUUUUGAAUAUGAAUAUCUAUAACUAUUUAUUACAUAAUAUGCAUUCGAAACAGAAAUUAAUAUCAAUUGUUAAAAUGACAUUAUUGUUUGGAGUUAUAUUUGGAUUGCUUAGACUAAGUUUUAAUUUAGUCGGCUUUAAAAAAAUUGAUCACCAUUCCAAAGCGUCAGUAAAAUAUUUGGAUGUCUUUAAACGCUUGUAUAAUAUACAACAGUUCAGAAACGAAACUAUUGCUACAUUUCCUGGCGCUCUUUGUGAUACAAAUGUGACACUUUUUGUUUUUAUUGUCUCUGCCUCCCAAAACAUCCUAGCUCGCGAAGCAAUUAGAAAUACAUGGGGCACAAAAUGUACAAAUUCGCACAAAGAUGCCAGAUGUGUCUUCGUCGUUGGACGAAGUCGUAACGAAUUACUGAAUCGCUACAUUUUGGAAGAAUCCGAUGUCAAUAGAGAUAUCCUGAUUGUGCCGUUUUAUGAUGUAUAUUCGAAUUUAACCUACAAAACAAUGUUCGCCUUACAAUGGAGCAAAAGGUAUUGUAAUGGAAAAAUAAAGUUUUUCAUGAAAACAGACGACGACAUGUUUGUAAGUGUUAGAAGGCUGACUGCGUACUUAAACAAUGCACCAAAAAAAAGGCUUUUUAUAGGUAAAUGUUGGGGCCUAGCUAAGCCAAUUCGGAAUUGGAGUUCUAAAUGGUACGUUACUUUCAAACAGUACAAUCACACAUAUUAUCCCAAAAUUUGCAGCGGUACUGGAUAUGUUAUGUCUUACGACGUUGCACUUUCUGUCGUUCAAAUAUCAAGCACAGUUCCAUAUUUGUAUUUAGAAGACGUCUUUGUUGCAAUUUGCGCUAAUAGGCAAGGAAUAAUUCCAAAGAACGUGUCAGGAUUUCAUAAUUCAAAAAUAGCACUAAAAUCAUGCAAAGAUGUCCAUAAGGUUUUUACGUCACAUGGACUAUCAGUAUCAGAAAUGUAUAAGGUAUGGAAAAAGAUCGGAACUUGUAGUCCUACUGAAAUAGAUGAAUACAAACAAUAAACUGGAUUUUUAUUCAACGCUCUACGCACAUUUGCUUACAUUUAAGUUCUAACACAUAAAUUAUGAUGCAAUAAGUCUUUCAUGAUUAAAAAAUGUAUAUUAAUAGAACAUACUUCUAGUUCAACACAAUAAAUAGUUGGAGUUAAAAAAGACAACAUACAGAGUGACACAACGAUAAAGUUUUUGGGUGAUAUCGGAACCUAAAAUCACCGAUUUGUCUUAAUCAAUCUUCAUCAGUAUGUUCGGUUAGAUGGAUAUUUAUUAGUAAGAUUACAGGAGUAUGCACUACAACGUUAACCCUAACAAUUGUGAAGAUUUAAUUUAAUUGUUUGUGAAUUAUAGGCGUUAUUCAUUUCCUUGUGUUUAUGAUAAGUUAUUAACAAAAUUAAUUCCUUCUGUUUCUCUUUUGUGUUAACCAAGUAGUUAUCUUCAAUGUCCAAUUUCGAUUGUUUAAAUUUCAUGUUUAUUCUGUAAAAUUUCUAGACCUGAAAUGUUCUUCAAAAUUGUGGUUAUACAAAAAACACAUUGACAACUUGAAUGGUUAUUAAAAAAGGUUCAAUGGGUUAAGGUGCAGUUUGGAUAAAUUCUUAGAAUGAAUGCUCUGAAUUCUAUAGAACGUUCAAAGAAAUGCCAAAAUCACGGAGCUAAUACCGCAUAUUCGUUAUAAUAUCGCUUAUUGUUUUAUUAAAAUGUGAAAACUGUUUCAUUAUUUAAUCCAUUAUUUGAUCUAAGUCCUAUUAAUAGGCAUGCAGUUAAAACUGAGAUACACGGUGAAUUCAUAAAACAAUCCUAUCAGACUCAACCGACUCCACUGACUAUAAAGUGUGAGUGAAAUCUUUGCAAGGAGAAAAAGGUGGUGUAAUGCGCGAUCACCUUCCUAGGCAACAGUGUAAUUUUGUGAAGAUAGAUCAAAAACAAAUGUUAAGAGACAAAGUAACAGGUGGUACAAGAAAUUCUAUUAUAAACUCCAUAUUUGGAAAACUACCAUUGACCUUUGCCUGACAUAAUUUGAAGUAAAACUGUUCAAUAAUUCUAUGUUGGAUUGAUAUGUUAUUGAAAACGAGAUCUUAAA